UCACUAUAUUGAGAACAAAAUUAAAUAAAUUUUAUACUUUGGAACAAAAUAUUGGUCAAAUACCAUGGAGUCGACACCAUUAUUGAGUGAAAACCCCCUUGAGUAUCUGCAUCAACUUUCUAAGGCAUCGAAGGGGACCGUGAGUCCCACUUCUAAUGCUCCGCAUGUUAAAGCACCUUCGAAGAUACCUCAAUCGUCCAAGAUUGGACUACAAAGAACUAGUCGUACAACCCAGAAGCUUAAAUUACUUCCAGAAGAUCCAAAUCUCGAACCUGAUGAAAUUGAACUGGGGAAUGAAGUAUAUUCACAAGUUGGUCGUAUCAAGGAUGCUCCCGCUAGGAAAGAUGCCGAGACAUUAGGAAAGAUGCACCGAGAUAUGCUUCCAAGAGUAACGGCAUACUGCACAUGUGGGUCAUACAAGAUGAAGGAGUUAUUGAGAUGGCUCAAGGAUAGGAAAAGAAUCCAUAAUACAAGUCCCAAGCUUUUUGACGAAUGUUUAUACACCCCCUUCACAUAUAAGGACUGGAGAAAUGGGCAUGAAAGUCCCGGAGACAUACAGCACCAAUUCAUCAGGCUUGCAGAUGAUGGAGGAGAAAUUGAUAUUGGUAAGAAGAAUGAUUUAUUCAUUUUUGAUUAUGGUGUGGUUAUCAUGUGGGGAUACACAGUUAAGGAAGAACAAGCAUUUUUAGAGGAUUUAGCUCGCUUUGAGAGUGAGAAGUUAUCAGCUGAAGAUGUUCAGAUUGAAGAGUUCAACUAUUAUAUCACGAAAUCGUACCAACCUCGUAUUUAUAAUGAUUUCAUCACUCUUAGAGAUGAUUCUAAUUAUAUGUUGAAGCUUUCAAUAUCGCAUGCACUUGCACAGAGUGUAAAAAUCUCACUUUUUGAAGAAUUGGUAGAUAAUACUAUAGAAGAUACACAGGAUAUACCGCUGCAAAUUGCCCACACAGGUAAAGUUGAAAUGAAUAGAGAUGAAAUCAUGAAAUCCAUAGGAGAAUUAUUCAUCUUAAGAAUAAAUAUAAAUUUACAUGGUUCUGUUUUGGACUCUCCAGAACUAAUGUGGGCAGAGCCGCAUUUGGAACCAAUUUACCAAGCAACUAGAGGUUAUCUAGAAAUAAACCAAAGAGUAGAAUUACUUAACCAGAGAUUAGAGGUUAUUUCCGACCUUUUACAGAUGCUUAAGGAACAAUUAGGGCAUUCACAUGAAGAGAAUUUGGAAUUUAUAGUUGUUGUACUUGUUGGGGUUGAAGUUUUGGUUAGUAUUAUCAAUAUUGUUAUUGAUAUUCUUACAUAUUGAGUGCUCUAGAAUUUCAAUUUAUUUCCGUAUGAGGUCA